AUGGUCCACGCCGACGCUUCGACAUUCGCCAAGGGCGUCUCCAAAGAGGAGGCCCUCCAGCAGGUGCUUGACCAGGCCGCGGCGCUGUUCGAAGGCCAGAGAAACUGGGAACCUGGCAAACACCGCAUCGUUACUGUGGCACGCUUACAAGAGCCUCCCUUCCCCGAGCAAGGACGUGAACUGGGCGGCUCACUCACCAUUUCCUCCACUCCCAUAGGGUUCUACGUCCUCGACCCGACCUCGCACGGCAAGAGCCUCAUCUUGGGGCCCUUCAUGGGCCAGGUGGCGUGCCAGACGAUCGACUUUGGCCGCGGCGUGUGCGGCACGGCGGCGGCGGCGAAGCAGACGCAGCUCGUCCCGGACGUCGACGCGUUCCCGGGCCACAUCGCGUGCGACGGCGCCUCGAGGAGCGAGAUCGUCGUCCCCGUCACCGUGGAGGUGGUCAGCCCCGAGGAGGGCGGGCAUGUGGAGAAGAAGGUGGUUGGGAUCAUCGACAUCGAUUGUGCCGAGAAGAAUGGGUUCGAUGAGACGGACAAGAAGUAUCUGGAGGAGCUGGCUGCUCUCUUGGGCAGGGCGUGCGACUGGCUGGACUCGAGGCUCUCCACGAACGGACUCCUGCGAGGUGCUCAAUGA